AGAACACGCGCGCGUGAGAGAGAGAAGUGAGAAGAGAGAAGAGAGAGAGAGAGAGAGAGAGCUAGGGUUUGCGAAGGAGGAUGGGAGGCAAGAAGGAGAGAUCGGGAGGGCUGGGACGUGCCCUGGUGCGGCAGCACAACCAGGCGCUGCAGCAGGCCAAGGACAAGGGCCGAGCUCUUAGCCUCGCCAAUCGAAAAGUUCUUGAAUCCGUCACUGAGAUCAGUGAUAUCGAUGCUGUGCUCCAGCAUGCCGAGGAGGCCGCUCUUCUCUACUCCGUGGAUAAUCCUGUCGCUAGUCUCAUCCAGCUGGAUGGCGGUGGUGAGACGAGCGGGAUGACGGCGGGGGAGAGGAGGGAUCAGCAGAGGCAGGAAGAGGCCUUGCAUGCCAGCAGUCUCCGGGUUCCUAGGAGGCCGCCGUGGAACGCUAGCAUGUCGGUGGAGGAGCUCGAUGCGAAUGAAAGACAGGCUUUUUUAAUUUGGCGUAGAGGUCUGGCCAAAUUGGAGGAGAAUGAGAAGCUUGUACUUACUCCCUUUGAGAAGAACUUGGAUAUCUGGAGACAACUUUGGCGAGUGCUUGAACGAAGUGACCUGUUGGUGAUGGUUGUUGAUGCUCGGGAUCCCUUGUUCUAUCGUUGUCCUGAUCUUGAGGCAUAUGCAAGGGAAAUUGAUGAGCACAAGAAAACGCUGCUUCUUGUCAAUAAGGCAGAUCUCUUACCUUUGUCUGUCCGGCAGAGAUGGGCAAGGUACUUCCGGCUUCAUGGGAUUCUUUUUGUGUUUUGGUCUGCAAAGGCUGCUUCUGCGUCACUGGAGGGAAAAAAGCUGAACCAUCACUGGGAAGAUGAGAAGUUUUCACAAGAAGCCACUCCUGAUACCAAGAUUUAUGAUAGGACUGAGCUCUUGGCUCGCUUGCAGGCUGAAGCAGAGGCUAUUGUGGCAAAUCGGAUGGUGUCAAAUGACCAAGAAUCCGUGCAAGAUGAUUGUUCUGAACCGGGUACAGUUCAGCCAACAUCUAAGCAUGUUGUUGUGGGGUUUGUUGGGUAUCCGAAUGUUGGCAAAAGCUCUACAAUCAAUGCAUUGGUAGGUGAAAAACGGGCAGGAGUGACUUCAACUCCAGGAAAGACAAAACAUUUCCAGACUCUGAUCAUCUCAGAUGAGCUCAUCCUUUGUGACUGCCCAGGACUUGUGUUCCCUUCAUUCUCCAGCUCUCGGUAUGAGAUGAUUGCUUCAGGAGUGCUACCUGUUGAUCGAAUGACUGAGCACAGGCAAGCCAUUCAGGUGGUUGCUGACCGAGUUCCUAGGCAUGCCCUUGAGGGCAUAUACAACAUUACACUGCCAAAACCAAAGCCUUAUGAAUCACAAUCAAGGCCACCGACUUCAUCAGAGCUCCUGCGAGCCUAUUGUGCAUCACGUGGGACGUCGGGUCAAGCGGGUUUACCAGAUGAGACCAGAGCUGCCCGCCAGAUUCUCAAGGAUUACAUCGACGGAAAGCUGCCUCACUACGAGAUGCCUCCAGACGGGGAAUCAGAGGAUGAUAACAGUUUGCUCGUUGGCGUUACACCCUCCUUUGAAGACCACGAAUCACACAUCAGUGAUGACAAUGAACACGAAACUUCAAUCUCCUUUGAAAAUGGCACCGAUGUACCUGACAUCAAUCAUGUUCUCAACGACCUCGAAUCAUUUGACAUGGCCAGUAGUUUAUCAUCCAAAAAUGUAGCUGCAGUGAAGAAGAAAAACACAGCCUCGGCCCAUAAGCACCACAAGAAACCUCAGAGGAAGAAGGAUCGAUCUUGGAGAGUAGGUAAUGAUAAUGGUGAUGGCAUGCCUGUUGCGAGGGUGUUCCAGAAGCCUGCUGUUAAUUUUGAAGCCAUCAAAGCCAGCAUUUGAAGCUUGUUUGUUUCGAUAUUUGUUGUGACAAAUUGCUUCAUUAGCUGCAUAACAUUACUUGUUAUAAUGUAACUUGUGCUAUAGAUAAAAUUGGCUUUUUCUAUUAAUAUAUCUCAGCAGCUGUUGGUGUUUUUUUUGGAAA